AGGAAAGGUGGGGUCCUCAUACCAUAGACCGCAUGGCAGACUAUCAGAAUUCGAAACUUCCUCAUUUCAACAGUCGUUAUUAUUGUCCCAACUCAGAAGGAAUAAAUUGUUUCACUCAGAAUUGGAAGGAAGAAAACAACUAUGUAUGCCCCCCCUUGGCCCUGAUUCAUCGUGUUUUACAACACAUUAUAGAGGAAAAGGCAGUUGCAACGGGGGGUUUCAGGUGUAGUGGAACCAUGGAAGAAUCUAAGUUGGCAGUUCCUAGCAGUAAGGCUAGGCUAGUUAGUAUGUUACUUGCUAGAGCUCAGACUCUGCGUAAAAAUUCUGUAUCUCAAAACUGGAAUCAGCGUUUAGACAGAGCUUGGUGUUUAUAUGAUAAUUAUUGUAAAGUCAUGGGCUUAGAAGCACUACCAUCUAAAGUAGAUACACUUGUUUCCUUCAUUGUCUGGCUUGACCUUACGCAUGCCUUUUCGAAUUGUACAGAUGUUCUGGCUGCGGUUUCAAGAGAACAUCUAGAAGCACAGUUACCGGACCCUUCUAAGAAUUAUAAAGUUAAAAAAGUUUUCAGAGCACUUUUUAAGGA